AAUCGGUUACUCGCUUCUCGCGGUUGGCAUAAGCGAGUAUCUGUGAUCCAAAUGUUCUCGACCAGAGGGGUACUCCUUUUACUGUCUUUGAUGGCUGCUGUAGCCGCAUUCGGGCUGUUUUCUAGACCGGCUCCAAUCACUCGGGACACUAUCCGACCACCACGUGCCAAACACGGUUCGCUGAAAUUAUGCCCACCAGGUGGUGCCUCAUUCCUUGACGCUUUCAACUUGAUUUGCCCAAUGCGCCGUCGACGCAGGAGUGUUUCAGAAAACUACAACGACGGCGGUGGCAGCCUUUUGGGACGGACAAUGAAUAUGUGCUGUGAGACGGGAUGUGAAUUCACUGACAUUUUCGCAAUCUGCAAUCCUUUUGGAUAAAAACGAUCUACUUUACCCUCGCUUUACUGGAACUCCAAAUAAAACAAUUUUCUAAUUCUUUUCUCUGAAUCUUCCAUCAUCUUGUUCUACCGUGCGCCAGCUUGACACUCUCAAUCCCAUCCCGUAUGUCCACACCAAUCAUGCUUGUUGGGUUUAGAUCUCAUAAAUAUUUCGUUAAC